AUGCUGUUGCUGGUUCUGGUAGCGGCAGUGGUGCUGCUUCCCAAUGAUGUCAUCUGUGGGAUGCUGAAAGCAAAAUGCCCACUGAACUUAAUCAUGGAUUUAAAUGAUCCAUGGAACUUUUACAGGCCAGGAGACCUCCUCAUUGGCGGGAUCUUGUCUCUGAAGUCGGCUGCUCUGUAUCCAUUCACCUUUAAGAAGCCUCCCCUUACCGGAAUUGAGUAUGCUUCAAACACACAAUAUGCAAUCAUCUUGUCCUUCCUGCUUGCCAUUCAGGAGAUCAAUCAGAAUCCCAGGAUCUUGCCCAACAUAACUCUGGGCUACGACAUCUACGAUAACUAUUUAAAUGCAAGGCUGACUUAUGAUGGUGUGUUAGACCUGCUUUUCAUGGGGAAAGAGAAUAUUCCAAACUACCAGUGUGGAGGUCAGAAGACCCUGUUGGCUGUACUUGACCGGGCUGAGUCUAAAAUCCCCAUCCAUGUUUCCAGUGUGCUGGGCAUCUACAAAAUCCCACUGAUUGACCUGGUAGAGGACCUGAAACAACCAGGGAGUUCCACCGGUAAAGAGAGAAACAAAAGGAUAAAUGUGGACAUUAAUAUGGGAAGUAAAAUGGUGGAGUUUGGUGUGAAAUCAUUUUACUGUUUCUAUUCAAAGCCUUUGUUGUCUGUGAAAGGGCAACUCCACACUUUCCUAAGGAAGGUCCCUCUUUAUAACACUUCCGUGGGUGAAGCAUAUUGGGACGAGAAUGGGGAUAUCUCAGUGGAUUAUGAUAUCAUGAAAUGGAUGGGAUUCCCCAAUGAGUCUGUUGUUGGAGUGAAAGUGGGGAGUGUAGAGAGACAGGCAUCCCCAGACCUCAAACUCACCAUUGAGAAGGAUGACAUUCUGUUCCCUGAGAUAUUAACCCAGCCUGUGCCCCGUUCCAGGUGUACCGAGAGCUGCCAGCCAGGAUAUGCCAAGAAGGCUCAGGAAGGGAAGCCAUUUUGCUGCUAUGACUGUGAUCCAUGCCCAGAAGGGACAAUCUCCACACUGGAAGAUGCAGAACGCUGUGACAAAUGCCCAAAAGACCAGCAUCCAAACAAGGACAGAACUCGAUGCGUCCCAAAGACCAUAACCUUCCUCUCCUAUGAAGAACCUUUGGGGAUCAGCCUAGCUGUCUUUCCUCUGUUCUUGUCCCUAAUCACUUGUUCUGUUUUAGGACUUUUCAUUAAAUUCCUAGAUACCCCCAUAGUCAAAGCCAACAACAGGGGUCUUAGCUAUAUUCUUCUCACCUCCCUUCUGCUUUCCUUUCUCUCCUGCUUUCUCUUCAUUGGCCAGCCAAGGAAGGUGACCUGCCUUCUCCGACAAACUGCCUUCAGCAUCAUCUUCUCAGUUGCCAUCUCUUCUGUGUUGGCCAAAACGAUCACUGUGGUGGUGGCCUUCAUGGCCACCAAACCAGGGAACAGGAUGAAGAAAUGGCUGGGGAAGCGUUUGGCCAACUUCAUUGUUAUUUCUUGUCCCACUAUUCAAGUUGUCCUCUGUGCCCUCUGGCUGGGAAUCUCUCCCCCCUUCCCAGAGUCUGACAUGAGCUCCCAACCUGGACAGAUCACAUUGCAAUGCAACGAAGGGUCUGUCAUCAUGUUUUAUGGUGCCCUGGGAUAUAUGGGCUUCCUGGCUGCCAUCUCUUUCACAGUGGCUUUCCUGGCCAGGAAGCUGCCUGGAGCCUUCAAUGAAGCUAAGCUGAUCACCUUCAGCAUGCUGGUCUUUUGCAGUGUCUGGGUGUCCUUUGUGCCCACCUACCUGAGCACAAUGGGGAAAUACAUGGUGGCCGUGCAGGUCUUCUCCAUCUUGGCCUCCAGUGCUGGCUUGCUGGGCUGCAUCUUCCUUCCCAAAUGCUACAUUAUCAUCAUCAGGCCUGAUCUUAAUAACAAAGAGCAUCUAAUGAGAAAAGUGAACUGUUUAAACUGA